UUUUGUGUAUGAAGAACUCAGUGGGCAUGGAAAACAACACACAGGUGAGAGUGUUUGUAUUUUCUGGACUGACCGAUAAUGAUCAACUAAUCCUGUUCCUCUUCUUUUUUUUCUUGAUGGUGUACCUUGUGACCAUACUCGGAAACAUUGGCUUAAUUAUUCUUGUCCUUGUUGCCUCCAACCUCCACACUCCAAUGUAUUACUUCUUGAGUUGUCUCUCAGCGGUUGACUUCUUCUACUCUACAUCUAUCACUCCUAAAAUGUUGUCUGACCUUAUAUCUCUCAGGAAGACCAUAUCGUUUAAUGGUUGUGCCGCCCAAUUUUUAUUUUUUGCUGGCCUAGCAGGAACUGAGGUUUUCCUACUCUCCAGUAUGUCGUAUGACCGCUACACUGCUAUCUGCCACCCUCUUCAUUAUGUUUCCAUCAUGACCAAAGGAAAAUGUUUCUCUCUUGCCAGUCUUUCAUUCUUCAUGGGCUUCUUCCAAUCAGUUGUACAGACCAGCUGCUUGUUCAGUCUCCAGUUCUGUGGCUCAAAUCUUAUAGACCAUUUCUACUGUGAUGUUCUUCCUAUGCUCCAGUUGUCUUGUUCCAAAACACUUCAUUGCAACAUAUUAACUAUUCUCUCUGUUGGUUCUUGUGGUCUUUAUUCUCUGUCAACAAUCCUGGCCUCAUACAGUCUCAUCUUUACCACAAUAUUACAUAUAAAAUCUUCUAAAGGGCGACAGAAAGCUUUCAGCACUUGUUCCUCCCACCUUGUGUGUGUCAGCAUCUUAUAUGUUUCAGUUUUCUUGACUUAUUUGCACUCACCUUCCAGUGCCCUGGACAAACAAGACAAAGUGACAUCUGUAUUUUAUACAGUAAUGACCCCAAUGUUGAACCCUCUUAUCUACAGCCUAAGGAACCAAGAAGUAAAACGGGCCAUCAUGCAAGCAAUACAGCAUAUUUCACAUGUAAUUCAAAUUACAUAAAUAUUUAUGGUUCAAGAAUUGUGAUAGACUCACCCGGGACAGAGGCUUUUGGAUGGGACUGAAUGCUAGCCUCUUGCUUACUGAUUAUGGGCCCCGGAUU